CAAUAAUUAACGGAAUACCCGAAAACACUCUGUCCCAAGUUGUUCUCAAUUUCUCAUCCAAAAUUUCUGUUUAUAAAUGAUUUGAUUUUGCAAGUUUGUAUCCAAUUUCUACCUCCUCUUUGUUUCCAGAAAAUCCACUGAAAAAGUAUAGCUUUUGAUUUUGCUCCAAUGGCUGAUUUCGAUCUUCCCCAGGAUUCGUAUUUUCUCGGAUUCGACAGCUCCACCCAGUCCUUAAAGGCUACAAUUUUGGACUCAAACCUCAAUAUUGUUGCCAAUGAACUUGUUCACUUUGAUUCUGAAUUGCCCCAUUACAAAACCAAAGAUGGGGUUUAUAGAGACACCUCUGUUAAUGGUAGAAUUGUUUCUCCCACAUUGAUGUGGGUGGAAGCUCUUGACCUUAUGUUUCAGAAGCUUUCGUCGAAAUCUAAUGUUGAUUUCGGCAAGAUUGCUGCUGUCUCUGGCAGUGGACAGCAGCAUGGUAGUGUCUAUUGGAAGAAUGGUAGCUCUCAGGUUUUGCAAUCAUUGGAUCCUGCUAAGCCAUUGCUGGCUCAGCUCGGAGAUGCCUUCUCGGUGAAGGAAUCUCCGAUAUGGAUGGACUCUAGCACCACUGCUCAGUGUAGGGAGUUAGAGAAGGCUUUCGGGGGAGCUCUUGAGUUGGCUCGAGUGACCGGUUCGCGAGCAUAUGAGAGGUUUACUGGUCCUCAGAUUAAGAAGAUAUUUGAAACUCAGCCGGAUGUUUAUAACAACACUGAGAGGAUCUCACUUGUUAGCUCCUUCAUGGCUUCUCUUUUGCUUGGGGAAUACGCUUCCAUUGAUCAUGCCGAUGGGGGCGGCAUGAAUUUGAUGGAUAUAAAGGAGAAGACAUGGUCUAAAGUAGCACUUGAGGCAACUGCACCUGAUUUGGAGUCUAAACUUGGAAAGUUAGCACCUGCUUAUGCCGUUGCUGGAAAUAUUGCUCCCUAUUUUGUAGAUAGGUACAAGUUUAACAAGGAGUGCUUGGUUGUUCAGUGGUCUGGAGAUAAUCCUAAUAGUGUGGCAGGUUUGACGCUUAAUAUUCCGGGAGAUCUUGCAAUCAGUCUCGGCACCAGUGACACUGUAUUUAUGAUCACCAAAGAUCCUAAUCCAGGUUUAGAAGGACAUGUGUUCCCUAAUCCAGUAGAUGCAAAUGGUUACAUGGUAAUGUUGGUAUACAAAAAUGGGUCCCUUACCCGAGAAGAUGUGCGCAACCGAUGUGCAGAGCAAUCUUGGGACACUUUCAACAAAUUUCUAGAGCAAACACCACCUCUAAAUGGCGGCAAGAUUGGUUUCUACUACAAGGAGCAUGAAAUUUUACCCCCUCUUCCAGUUGGUUUCCACCGGUUCAUUUUAGAAAAUUUCUCAGAAAAUUCUCUUGAUGGACUAAAGGAGAAGGAAGUCGAAGAGUUUGACGCUCCAUCUGAGGUGCGAGCAUUAAUCGAGGGUCAACUUCUGUCGAUGCGAGCUCAUGCUGAAAGAUUCGGCAUGCCCUCUCCACCAAAGCGGAUUAUAGCCACUGGUGGAGCAUCAGCGAACCAUAGCAUUCUUAAUUCAGUAGCUUCAAUUUUUGGGUGUGAUGUUUAUACAGUUCAAAGACCUGAUUCAGCUUCUCUUGGGGCUGCAGUGAGAGCGGCGCACGGCUGGCUAUGCAACGAGAAAGGCGGCUUUUUACCGAUUUCUGAUAUGUACAUGAGCAAAUUGGAGAAAACAUCUCUGAGCUGCAAGCUUUCAGUGAAUGCUGGUGAUCAGAAUCUGAGUUCCAAGUAUUCUGCUAUCAUGAAGAAGAGAAUUGAGAUAGAGAAUCGUCUCAUCGAAAAGCUUGGACGCUACUGAAAUUAUAUAUGACUUGGCAGCCAUGUUUCUCUGAAUUUUUGUUUCUGUUUGUGUUUGGGAUGAUCUUGACAAACCAUAAGUUAGCGGUUGAAAAUGAUAGUGUGUUUAUAAAAUCUUGAUUCCCAACCUGGAACCAUGUCGUAUAUAGACAAUAAUACAUUUUCAUAGU